AUGAGCACCGCGGAUGCACUGACAUGUCUGGCGAUUUCGCCCGAUGGCCAGAAAAUUGCUAGCGCUACUGCUCGUUCGGGGGCGACUAUUACCGACAUAUCGUCAAAGAACACGCACCGAUUAGAAAUGCAUGCAGAGGCACAUACGCACGUCACUGCUGUAGCAUGGUCUCCUGACGAAGGAAAAAUUAUAUGCGUAAUGUCGGACCACACUAUACGUUGCUGGAAUGUUACUUCAGCACACUCUGUAGGACCACCAUUUGGAGGACACAAUGACCUGAUCAUCACCGCGGGGUUUCUUCCUGACUCAUCUCACGCAAUAAGCUUGUCGAGGGAUGGAGAGUUGCUCGUAUGGAACACAGGGAGCGGGAUGGUCACUCAACAAGUGACAGUGUCAAAGGCUUCUCAAACCAUUUUCGUGGCGGCUCUAUCUGUUGAUAGUAGUCUCCUCGUUACUAGCGAUACAAAGGAGGGCGUUGCCUGGGAGAUACCAAAGUGUGCCCGACUAGCGGAGAUCACACUUCCAAAUAUACCAUUGCUUCAAGCCGCUAUUAUUCCGAAUGAUGAUGGUCCCCGGGUGGUGCUUGCAUUUGGCGACAGGUCCUUCUGGAUAUGGGACGCCAAUACUGGAAAGCAUGACAAUGCACGCUUCGAAGGCCUUGAUAAAGAUGACAUUCCCCUUGCCAUGGCGGCUUCUCCAGAUGGCAAGCUUUUGGCGCUGGAAAUUGACGGCGACAUCGAUCACCCCACACGUUUCUAUGAUAUGAAGGGUCACGAAUUCACUACUUCCAACAUGAAAUGUACCCAUCCAUUUGCAUUCUCACCGGACGGCAAGUUUUUUGCAGCCUCAAGCGUACCCUCGGAUUCGAAGGAUGGCUCUUGUAAACCAAUCAUCCGUUCAGUAGACGAGGCAAGGGAUCUUACAUCACGCAUUCGUGGUCGCAGCCCUCUUGAUUUGUCUGCAACGAUUAUUCCGAAAGACAAAGGAAAACAACGUUCGUUAGGACUCAACCCAGCGUUCUUCGAUCAACCGCCACCUUCUGGCAAUGCAAAAGGUCGCCAUAUUCGAUUUGGUUCUGGACCCUCGUCGAGCUCGGUUCACCAACAGGCCUCCACCGGUCAGGAACCGCGUGUCUCACCUCUUUCAAAAAUUUGGAAACGGAUUCGUCAUCCUCGGUCUCCCGAGGCAAGGGAAACUCAACAGAUGUCCUUGAGAUCUGCCAAUCGGGAACGGCGCAUUCCACAUCUUGCCAACAUCUGGACACGGAUUCGUCACCCUUCAUCCCAUAGGGUACCGUCGACUGACCAUGUUGUCGGCGUACCACUCGCACAAGCUAAAAGGAGGAUUGUAGUCUCGCGUCCACGUCAGAAAGCGACGACUCAGUCUUCUAAUAGUGCCGGGGAAAAUCCUCGAUCGCAGUCGAUGUCGACUGAACAAGGCUCGGCUCAGGCGUCUAGUGACACAAGGUAUAAUUACAAAGGAGCCACAGCCUCACAUUUACGCCGCGAAGCUACAUCUCAGAACGAUUCGGCACAGUCGUCUAGGCAAGCUGGUCGACCAGGACAUACACAAGGCCAUAACGAUGUAGAGGACCGGGAGAGCAUUGGUUCAGGGAUGGUCUAUACGGAGCAUGAUACCCAUAGUAUCAAAGCGCAUGGAUGCUGGAAUAUUUUCUGGGACUGGUUGUGCUACAAAGGUGAAUUUCUUCACAUUUGA